AAACUGACUACAGUGCAUAUAAGAACCUGGUCUUUGCUCAAGUUGAGCUUCUGGACGAACGAAUACAGUGCUGGGACCCAAGUCGUGGCCUAUCCCUUGAUGUGGCUUUUACCGCCUUUAUCCCCCAUACCAUCCAUCAUGGACGGCUCAAAAGGUCAGUCAGCCCAGCCCAGCCCUGGCUAUGUCACUUCUUUACAACCGUCACCUCUCACAACAGAUCUGUCCCUUUUCUCCCUUAGAGGCUUUGCAUAUCUAACCCAAUACUUGCUGCAAUAUCUCACCGCUACCGCCAAGUUAAGCUAUCAACGAAUAUUCGUCUCUACUGGCGUCUUUGCUACUACGCCGUCUCUCCGCUCGCCCCCGCCAAAGAACGGCGACUUUUUACUCAGAGUCACGGCUCAUGUGCCGUGGUACGCCUGACCUUUGGCUGGGAGACAACCUUGGCAGCAGCAGGAAAACUGCAAGGUAGAGAGAAUAGAUACAGAAAAAAAAGGCGCAUGAUACCUACCUGUAUCGCCUACCUACCUCUGUCAAGGAUGAGCAUGAAAUAACAGGUACGGCGGCUCAGCGAAGAGCAAAGGCCAAUGAUGAUUGACUGACAUAAACCCCCCCAACGGCAGAGUCAUUCGCACAGUAUCCAAUCCCUAGCCUGUUGCUCAACCAUUGUCGCCAUCGAGAAGACACCACAAUCAGGCUGUGAUUCGGGGGUUCUUCUCACUUAACUCACGACGAGAUCAACGAGUCUAUUACUCCCGGAGAGCCAAGUGUACCCUUGCGCCAAUACUACUUAACUGCUGUCCCUUGGACGACAACGAUUAACGGCCACUCCUCAAACCAUCAUCAUUGCUAUUUUGGUCACAUUUCAUCUGACAAAAGACGGGACCAUCAGCGGCCAUCCCUCUUCGCUUCGCUUCAGUUCAACCCCACGUCAUAACUCGCAUCCACAUCCACAGUCAUAGUCAGAGCCAUAUCCAUAGCCAUUACCGCCCACCGACUGACUAGUGAAACCCCCCCCCAGUCCCGCCGUUAAUUCAUACAUACAUAUACAUCCAAAAUGUCUGGCCGGUCGGGAUCAAACUCCCACCGUCGCCAUUCCCGAGAACCCCUCGACGACUUUCCACCGCUUCCCAUACCGCCUCGACUGCCUUCUCUGAGAGCCCUCGCCCACGCCCAGCGAGAUCGUGACCGAGACAGCCCCUCGCCGACUUCUUCCAACCGCCCUCAGUCCCGGCACUGGUCAGCCGCUUCACGCCGCGCCGACCGCAUCCGGAACCUGGAGAACAGAGCCCCGGGUCCCGGCUCCGGCUUUGACGACUUUGAACGGCCCAUGGACGACGGCUGGCCGACUUCUCGACGUACUGACCGCAUGCGGGCUGCCACCGCCGCCGAGAACACCAGACCCUCCAACCUCGAAGACCUCGAUCGACACCUCGAGGAAGCCAAUUCACACCUGCGGGCCCUUCUCGAUCUUCAGCACCACCCAAGCCUUACUCCUCCGCUCAUGCCGCCCAACUUCUCUCCUCCACUCCGUCCCUCAGAUCUCCCUGACUCGAAUCGACGGCACAAGCGCCGGAAGCUGGAUUCUGAUCGUCUCGCGCCGGCCUUACGAGGCUUUCGUUAUGGCAAGUAUGGCCAGGUCGAGCAAGGAGAUCUUAAGAUGGAGAUCGUCAGCUGUGAUGGGGGCAUGUUCUCCAAUGAGUUAUCAUACGCCGCUGAGAAUAUCCUCAAAAACGACACCUCGGUGUACUGCACAAAGGGAAAUAGAUGCAACAUAGUAUUGAGACAUCAGGGUGGCACCGUUUUCACUCUCCAGGAGCUGGUCAUAAAGGCGCCUGCGUCGUCCAACUAUUCACAUCCCGUGAGAGAGGGAAUGGUCUUUGUGGCUAUGAACCAAGACGAAGUGCUCAACCGAACAGCCCGGUACCAAAUUCAAUAUGCACAGCCAACGAAUGAGCCAACGAAUGAUGAGGACCCGAGAGUUCUUCAGCCCAUCCCAACUGAAAUAAUAUCAGUACAGCACCAUGAGAAUGGCACUACGACCACGAGGUCUCGGCCAGCAUACCCCUACCGCACCAACGCCGAUGAUUACGAACCACGGACACCGCAGAUGCCUGAAGAGUUCGCCUCCAACCUGCCCGACUUCCAAGUCACUACUGAGUGCAGCGACGACGAAGACGACGAUUUUGACGGCCCCCGUUUCCUACGCCGUGCACCCAACCGCAUCGGCUCCCUCCCAUUCGAAACCCUCGACUCUGACUCCGAUGAAGGCGGUAACCCCUUUGAUCCCGAAUACCUCGACGACCACCAUCCCUCCCACUGGCGCCUCUACAGUAGUGCUGCCAAUACUAGCGGCCCAGGGUUUGAUCCUCCAUAUUCGCGCCGCCGCGAAAGAGAGAGGGAACGAGAAAGAGAGCGGGACCGGGACCGGGACCGCGAUCACGAUCGCUCCAACCGAUCUUUCUCCCUAACAGAAGCUUGGGAAGCUCACGCCUCUGCUACGCAAGACGCCGUUCGAGCCGUCGGUGGUGGUCAACUGCUCUCUCCACAUGCCCGUUUCAACAUAGAGAAGAAGAAGAGCAAAUGCACAAUUCGCUUCGACCCCCCCAUAUCAGGCCGAUUUAUACUCCUCAAGAUGUGGAGCUCCCAUCACGAUCCCACGAGUAAUAUUGAUAUACAGUCUGUCUUGGCUCGAGGUUUUGCAGGACCUCGCUACUUUCCUUCGGUUGAGCUGCGCUGAGAUGGUUUGUAAAAUAUGCAUAGACGGAGAUGCAAUGUAUCAAGGUCUUGGGCUUUCAGUUCUAAGGAAUGAUGGCAAUAUACCCGUUAGAAGAUGCUGGCUGAUCAUUAUGUGCUGGGAGCUUUUUGCUUGUUUGGUCUGUCUACUGACUUGAAAGUCUUCACGGCCCAUAGUCACAAGAAUUAUCAUAUUGAAAGAACAAGGAAAGCAUACCCGAAUAAACCCUCUACCAUCUACUGGUGUAAAGAUACUUGCAGCCUGCACCGACCAUACGCCCAACCGAACUAUAAUAAUGAUAACAACAAACCAAACCCCUGACCUCGAGACGUCCACACAAAACCAUCACCGGUUUUUCUUCUCAGUUGUUCAAGGCUGGCCAUUAUACCUGGCUAGUUCGGCAACUAUUGGGGCCAGUAGGUGCAUGAUCCGCCCAGUCCUUUGGCGUGUCCAGGACCGCAGCCAGCAAAGUGAUGAAGAUGCCGAGCAGCCUGGGGAUAUGGUUAGUAAUUGCGUAGAUGUCCCUACCCUGCCAUAAUCACACUUACAGGUUGAUG